UUUGACUAAUUCUAAUUGCAAUUUGUGAAAACUUACAAGUUAGAACUUACUACUUGCGAUUUGCGUUAGCAUUUAGCAGUAAUUUUUUUUAAAGUUUAUACAGUAGUGAUGGCUGCAAAAUUAUUAUGGUUGAUGAAGUAACCUAACUAAUAAUAUGGCUUGAUUGCAAGACAAAAAUAUUCUUAAUUACUCCUAUCCGAAGACUUAAACAGGAUUGCAAAUGUCAAUAUGUCAGGAUCUCGGCCUUAAUUUCCAACAGAGAAUGGGCGCAAACAUAUCACAGCUAGAAAGAGACAUUGGUUCUGAGCAGUUCCCACCAAAUGAACAUUAUUUUGGUUUAGUUAAUUUUGGGAACACUUGCUACAGUAAUUCAGUGCUUCAAGCGUUAUAUUUUUGCCGUCCAUUCAGAGAGAAGGUUUUGGAAUACAAGGCAAAGAAUAAAAGAACAAAGGAGACCCUGUUGACAUGCCUAGCAGAUUUAUUUUAUAGUAUUGCAACUCAGAAGAAGAAAGUAGGCUCUAUUGCACCUAAAAAGUUUAUCGCUAGGUUAAGGAAAGAGAAAGAAGAGUUUGAUAAUUAUAUGCAGCAAGAUGCACAUGAGUUUUUAAAUUUCCUAAUAAACCACAUCAAUGAAAUUAUACUAGCGGAACGCAAUCAGAGCACGCUAAAAGUACAAAAGACCCCAGGCUCCGGCGACAACGGGACCAACGUGACCUGCAACGGUACCCUGCCGCACAGCACGGAACCCACCUGGGUUCACGAGAUCUUCCAGGGCACGCUCACCAGCGAGACCAGGUGUCUCAACUGUGAAACUGUUAGCAGCAAGGAUGAACACUUCUUUGAUCUACAGGUAGACGUCGACCAAAACACCAGCAUCACGCACUGCCUAAAGUGCUUCAGCGACACAGAAACCCUGUGCAACGACAACAAGUUCAAAUGCGACCACUGCAGCAGCUACCAGGAGGCGCAGAAACGGAUGAGGGUGAAGAAGCUGCCCCUCAUUCUGGCGCUGCACCUGAAGCGUUUCAAGUAUAUGGAGCAGUACAACCGGCACAUCAAGGUGUCACACCGAGUAGUGUUCCCGCUGGAGUUGAGACUGUUUAACACGUCCGAUGACGCGGUGAAUCCAGACCGGCUGUACGACCUGGUAGCUGUGGUGGUUCACUGCGGGUCCGGACCCAACAGGGGACACUACAUCUCCAUUGUGAAGAGCCACGGCUUCUGGCUGCUGUUUGAUGAUGAUAUGGUUGAUAAAAUCGAGGCGUCUGCGAUAGAAGACUUCUACGGCCUAACUUCGGAUUUACAAAAGUCGUCUGAGACGGGUUAUAUAUUGUUUUACCAAUCUAGAGAUGCUAGUUGUUAAAUUUCUUUAAAAUCAAUAUAAAUUAUUUUAUAUAGGUUCGAUAAAACAUGUUGAUAUGCCCAGUUUGUUAACGUUGGAACGGCAUAAAAAUUAUAUUAUUUAAUUAUUCUUAUUCGACAUCAUUCACUGUAAAUAUUUACAAUUCAUUACAAAAUAAAAAAUUGUGAAUUUAA